AUGGCGGAGGACAACAAAGACGCAGAGUUCUCGUCCUUUGACGAGAACGCUUGGAAGGCACAGGAUGCAGCUGACGAUCGCGAAAUUGCUCGAUUACUAGAGCAGAGUCAAGAAGGCGGCAACAGCUCUUUGAAGCUUGACGAUGCCCCGUUCGAUCAGUCCAACAAGGCGGAUGAUGCCCAAGAUUUUGAAGACAUCAGCGAUGACGAUCUGCCAGAUGAGGAGCCGGGCGCCGGCGCCGCGCUGGAGAUGCCGGCACUGACUGACGACGGAGGUACCAGCAACGACGCCGAUGACUUGUUCGGAGAAGGGCCGUCUUCUCCGGCCGACCCCAUUUUCGGACCACAAUCCCCAGGUCCCCGUGUCCGCGACACAGACACGGCCGACGACACUCACCCUGUCGACGCGAGCCUUAGCUUCGCAGCCAUCAACUUCGACCCCGAUCCUCACAUGAACGGAGCUGCGAAUCAAGAUCCCGAUAUUCCUGCAGUUGUGGAAUCCCACGAAGACUUGCUGAAAGCUGCCUGGCCUGCGUACCAGAAGGGUCGUGUCUUAACUUGGAGUGAGCUUCUGCCACCAAAAAAGGCUACAUGGAAGGAGAAGAAACCGCUCAGAAAACCAAAGCAUCUGGUUACGAGCAAGCUGAGUCUCGACCUGGCUGCGGACCAGGAGAAGACGUUUCGAAUUCCAGGAACCGCGACUAUUGGAUCAAGUCAUCGUGCCCUGGAGUCAUCGUUUGCCGGACUUGUUCGGUGCGAAAUGGGUGGAACAACCCUGGAGGAGGACAGAUCGCAUUUUGACCUGGAUCAGGAGUCGGAUUCCGAAACUGUCAUGGGAUUCACGUUGCAGGAUAUCGACCUGGCGUGUCAGGAUUGGGGCGCCCAAAUCAACGCAGUCGAAGCGGAGUUCAAGAAGCGCGUUGCUGCCGAAAAGGAGCUCCUCAGGCCAAAGCAGGUGGUUGAGGACCAUGAUGAUGAAUGGGAUGCAGAGUUCCUCAUGGAUACAAUGGAUGGGCGACCUCAACAACAGCCCAAGAGAAGGAAAGCCAUUAUAUUCGGACUUCCGGAAAUACCCCGAUAUACCGCCAAUACGUUUGAUAACUUUGAAGAUGUGACACGACGAGGCGCUAAGCGUGUCCACUUGGACAUGAGCGACCCCCAUCUUCUGCUGGACACCGACACGCAUCUCCAUGCCAAACGGCCUCGUCUGGAUUCAAAGGUCAAACGCAUGGCGAACGGCAACAUGAGCCGGGAUAUUUCUCAGCGCUUCAACCUCUCCAACGACGAAGCGUACGAGCUGCUCAAAGAGAACCACCAGAGCAAAGUACGCGCCACUCUGGGCAAUAUCUCCGUGGAGCACAGCAUGCCUGCCAUCAAGCUGUCAUGGCCGUACUACAAGGUCAGACUCGGUGGUACGACGGACGAAUAUCAUCGCCCUCGCUUUAGAUACAAGAAAUUUUCUGGCCACGUCAUCAAGUUUGACAAGCCGCAGCACCACAAGCGAAAGAUGAUGAAGGGAAAAGCUCACGAGGUGUAUCGCCUGUCCAAGGAUCUUAGUCUGAGCGACAACUCAACGGCCGUGCUCUUUGAAUAUUGUGAGCCCAGACCGCGAGUGUUGAACAAUUUCGGCAUGGGCAGCAAGUUGAUCAAUUACUAUCGACGCAAGGACAAUAAUGAAGACGACCAGCUACCGAAGCAGGAGUUGGGCGAGUAUCGUAUGUUGCUGCCCGAAGAUCGAUCACCCUUCUCUCUAUUCGGCACCGUGGAUUCGGGCGAAACGGUGCCUACACUGCACAACGAAAUGUACAGGGCACCCGUGUUCAAGCACGCGCCUCGAGGCACUGACGUCCUGGUCGUGCGGAGCACAACAGGCGUAGAGGGUUCGAAAUGGCAUCUGCACAAAAUCGACCACCUACACGUCGUUGGCCAGACCUUCCCCUCUGUGGACGUCCCCGGUCCUCACAGCAGGCGUGUGACCAACGCGUCAAAGAACAGGAUGAAGAUGCUGGCUUUCCGGAUGAUCAGGCACAGCCAGACAGACAACUGUCAACUGUCAGAUAUCACAAAGCACAUAGCAGACUCCACCGACACUCAGAACAGACAAAAGCUCAAGGAAUUUCUACAGUACGACAGGGAGAGUGGCGAAAAAGGCAUGUGGCGCCUGAAGCCAAGCGAGAUCUUGCCCGACGAAAAUGCGAUUCGCGCCAUGAUCAAGCCUGAGGAGGUCAGUCUUCUGGAUGCCAUGCAGCUGGGAAUCAAGGAGCUCGAGGACGCCGGCUACGAUCCCCGAAAUGCCAACAUUGACGAUGACGUCAUGGACAUGGAUGCUGAAGAAGACGACGAGGAUGAGGGCGGAAGCAAGGCGCCCAAGGGCGCCAAGAAGCCUGGCGAAAAGCAGGAAGAGACACUUGCCGACAAGAUGGCACCUUGGAAAACUACAAAGGCCUUCAUCGACGCCUGUGCGCAAAAGGCCAUGCUCCAGCUGCACGGCGAGGGUGACCCGACUGGACACGGCCUCGGCUUCAGUUUCAUCCGAACGUCCAUGAAGGGAGGGUACAUUGAGGCUGUUCAGGGCCCGUUGGCCACGUCGGCCGACGCCAUGGAGCGUGAGAAGCGCGCUAACGGCGGCCACGCCUAUAACGUCAAGAAGCAACAAGCAAUGUACGAGGAGGGCAUCAAGGAGAUUUGGGAGAAGCAAAAGGCAACGCUGUCCGACGCCCGGGAGCACGACGACAAGGACGUGGCAGUCACGGAAGACGAGGAUGAUCGAUUCAACGUUCACGCCGCCGCGACGCCGGCGCAAUUCGACGACGGCACCAGCCAAAUUAGUGGCUUCACAUCGGCUAGUCGCCAUGUCAAGAAAGCCAUCCGCAUCACGAGAGAGGUCCGCCUGCAGGACGGGUCGACGCAGACGCGAACCGAGGUCGUCCACGAUCCCGUCGUCAUCUCGCAGUAUAUGAAGCGGCGAACCGAGGCAGACUUGGAACUUAAGGAGUAUGUACUCAAGACGAUGCGAUGCAGGCCCCGCGGGGAGGCCCCCCGGGUCUGGAAGCGGCUGCCGUCACGUGUCAGGGCGCUUCACAAGUGGGCGUGCCUGGGUCACACGCAUCUCGGCCCCAAGAGACGACAAGUGCCGUCUCCAGGCGCUGUUGCCGACUACGUUGGGUUGGAGUUACGAGCACCUGCUUACGUCUACCUCUCCACAGCAUCUACAGCUCCCGGCCUACGGGCAAUGCCGACCAUGACCGCCUUGCGGGCAUUAGCUCGAUGCAGAAUCAAAAAGGAACUCGAGAGACUCGAAAAGAACAAGGCCCGACGACAGGCCCGAGAGCAGCAAAAAGAGCUGCACCAAAAGGCCAGCGCUGGCGAGGCCGGAUCACCCGGCGCCAUUGACAAGCUGCCCACUGGAACAACCCGCAAGUGUGCCAACUGCGGGCAAGUUGGACACAUCAAGACAAACAAGAAGUAUGACACCCCCCGUUUCCCCUCCCCCAUAUCCAUCUUUUGA